AUGACUUCUAACUUACGUCGGACAGGUGCCAAACUCGAAGUUCCCCCUGCCCCACCUCGCAAACACCGUGAGGAGAACGAAGAGAUGAGACCCCAGGGUAGCUUGUCUGAUCGCCUAACCGUCGAAGUUGAUUGUACAUCCCUGGGCUCGAACGAGUGCCCUUCCAUGACUAGCUUUUCGCCUCUCGAUUCACCAAAGACCACGCCUACCAGUGUUUAUAGUCACGGGUCAUUGCAGUCCCCUGGCUGGCACGAGGGCGGAUCAUUCCCCAGUCAGGCCUACGAGCGGCACAGCGGAUCGACCCCCAUGCGCAGUGCAUUUCGCUUGGCCAGUAUGACGUCGAACGAUGUGAUGGGUAUGCCUUACUCCAACAUGGAACCCCAGGAGCGCAUGCCGAUGACCGACUUCUUGUCCGGAUAUGAUGAGAAUGUUGAACAAUUUUGGAUCCCUUCGGAAGCCCCCAAAACAUACGAGCAUGGAGUACAAGGGCUCCCGUACCCUCCGCAUAUGCACCACUACACUACAAUGGCUCGCCCGAAUUAUCGCCAGCACCAUGCACCAUACCUUCCAGAAUCUGCAACCAACCCGUGUCUAUCGCGCUCCAUCUUCCAUCAUCAACAUGAACGGAUUCCGACUUCCAUGUCAAUGGGAAAUAUGAUUCCUUGGAUGGCCCCGCCCGCAGAAUCGAUUGCUCCACAGACGAUUGCGCCCUCCCAGGUUGCCCCGGUCACCCCACCUCCGUCGUACUCGGAAUUCCCAGCAUCACUCGGUACCUUCAAGGCACACACCCCAGCCACUCCAGUGCGGUCCUGCUCACUGGGUAGUGGCUCUGGAUCGGACACUCCUAUCUCUCGACUGUCCGGUAGCAUGGACUACAUGGAUGACUUUAGCCAAUCACCCGUCUACCGGGACGGUCUUGUUCGAGUGCAGCGUCAGCCCUCUCGCAAGACUGCCCGGAAACAAGCCUCUAAGCAGAGCAUGAGCCUGGAGAACCUACCAUCUAUUAUCAAGCAGGUGCAAUUUAAAUGCAAAGAGCCCGGGUGCAAGGGACGCUUCAAGAGACAAGAGCACCUGAAGAGACAUAUGAAGAGCCACUCCAAGGAGAAGCCCCAUGUUUGCUGGGUCCCUGGGUGUCAUCGCGCAUUCUCCCGCAGUGACAACCUUAACGCACAUUAUACGAAGACCCACAGCAAGCGAGGCGGCCGCAACCGCUACGUCGCCACCUUGGACGAAAACAGUCCCGACUACAACCCAGAGUAUCGCGGUCAGCUUACCCCUGAUGGGCGACCGCUUUAUUCUCAAAAGCAUGACGAGACCAUGCCCGGCACGCGUCACAUGAGUGUCGAGUGGGACGAUUGAACGCGGGCGGAAGAUUAGGACAGGCGGACCAAACCAUGAUACCCUUGGCGAACAGGUUGCCAUUUCUCCUUUUUGGUCUUAGAUGGGGACAGACA